AAGGCAACACCGAGGCUGUGAAGUCCUUCAUCUUGGGCUGGCCCACUCAGAACUUUGUGGCCACUUUCAAAUUUGGAUCACAUGAUAUCUACAAGAACAUGUAUCAUCAACUGGGCCUGCUGCUGUCAUUCUGGCACUGAACUGGAGAACUCACCUGUGUCACCACCAUCUUCUUCUCCUGCCCCAGGGAAGUUCUUCGGAGUUGCCCUGCCGAACAUUUGCGACUAUGGCGAUAUUCCUUUACCUCUCUACGAUGUUCUUUUUUUCCUCAACGCCAAGGGACCCCUGACGGCUGGCAUCUUCUGGGUCCCUGGUGACAGUGACUCCUGCAAAGACAUUAUUGAAAAACUGGAUGCAGGAGUUGAAAUUGAUCUUGGGCGUGAAAAUCCCUAUGUCUUAGCAUGUGUGCUAAAGGAUUUUCUAAAAAACAUUCCGGAAAGCAUUUUUGCAAAAAGGCUCUACCACGAGUGGCUGUCCGUAAUGGAGAAAAGCAGCGACAGACAGAAAAUUGAAAAAAUUAAAAGGCUAUUAGACCAGCUACCAAGAGCAAACGUUGUGCUCUUACGGUACGUGUUCCUGGUCUUAAGUAAUAUCGCUGAACUCUCCGCGGCAAAUGAAAUGGAUGCUUUACACUUAGGGCGUCAAAGUGCACAACGGAAGUCAGGCAAUUCUCCACACGAAGAGGAGGAUGCAGAGGAGAACAAGGAGGAUAAUCAUAAAGAGGAGGAGCUGAAAUGA